AGAGGGUCUGAAAAUAUUAGGUGUUCUGACUGCAUUGCAACAACAUAGUGAGAACAUGAAGGAAUUGUCCGUAUACUCAGAGAAACCAUUGACGUCGGAUGCCAUUGAUCGUCUAUACACGCCGUCUUCUUCAUCUCCAGAUGGAAGUAACCGAAAAAGAAAAGAAGAGAUAACUAUGGCAUGGUGGCGGGAUUUUAUUGUAAACCUGGAAGAGGAGGGCAACCUAAAAAGUUUGUUGGCAUUUCUGACUGGGUUGGAUGAAAUUCCACCGCUAGGGUUUGAAUGUAAAGGCUACAUAACAUUCAGACAUAGAGAAGACAUGGAGGUCAAUGAUGCUACAAUUGAGUUUCCACUAAUCAACACCUGCAGUUUAGAACUCCGACUACCGGUGUUAGAGUCAUACGAAUUGUUUGUUCAACGCUUCAAAGCUGCCAUGACCAUUAACACUUUCACAGCAAUUUGACUGUUG